AUGGGAGGUGCCGACGAGACAGCUUCAUCAUGCUGUAUUAAAAAUACAAAAAUAGGAUUUAGCAGUUUUACAAAUACAAUGCUAUGUCAAGUGUGCGGAGACACGGCUAGUGGAAUUCACUACGGAGUCCUCUCCUGUGAAGGCUGCAAAGGAUUCUUUCGGCGGGCAUUGCAGGAUAAACGGGCACACCUGCGCAAGUGCAUUAGGCAGGAUCGCUGCAAGAUCUCAAUCAAGACUCGCAACCACUGUCAACCUUGCCGGCUGCGCCGGUGUCUGGAGCUCGGCAUGUCUCGCGAGGCGGCCAAACUGGGUCGAAGGUCUCUCAAGACAUGGAAGCACCUCGACCUUUCCCUCGCCCUCCAUGGACAGCACUUCAGUAAAGCCGGUGACAGCAGCCAAUCCCUUUCCUCCGCCAAUCAGGACACAGCGGCUACUCAAAUAUGUCAACAACCAAGCCAGAAAGUGUCAUUCGCUGUGGAGUCGGUGCGACAUCCGUCAUCACAACUAUUUGACGAUGGCAGCUCGCCAAGUGGCAGCGACGCCACCUUCACUGCACUCAGUAGCAUUCCCUCAGUGGACACGUCGGUGUCAGGGGGAAGCGGUUACGACUGGGGCGCCACACCGGCAUCGCUGCCUACACUGGAAGAGGAUUACAUCCUCUCCACCACUCAGUGCAAUGGGAACAAGGUGAACUCAUUCUCGCCUGGGUCGCAAAUCAUGGAGAAUCAAAAUAAUGGGGUGGUGCUGUUUUUGAUGGGCGAGAAUGAGGGAGGGUCGAGGUCCAGCACCGCCUCCUCGCCCCUGGCCGGCACCACUGCAGACCCAGGCAGACACCAGCCCAGACGCCUUCGUCCAAUCAAACCACGCAUCAAACAGGAUCAGACGCCGUCUGUGAUGACGAACAUGCAGUCGGCCCUCUCAACGGUUAAAACACUGCCUCUGACUGCUGUCCAACAGCAGCAGCAUCAAGUGAACGCGUCUAAACAAUUCGGGGGACGAUCGGAAACGCUGCGUCUUGUCACCGACCCUCAGGCCAUCACUCUCUUCACGUCUAAUAAUGACACUAAAGACACACCGCAUUUGACUGCUCGUUCGUACCCGAAAAUAAGAAGGAGGCUUAUCAGAUUUCCAAAACGAUGCACUCUGUCCACACCCCACCUGAGUCCCGAUGGAGGCUCUUUGUUGACAGAGUUGUUGCGAACAAUUGAAAAUUCGUUUUGUGUCACCUUCCGUGAGCACAUUGCCUAUCCGGCCUUCAAGAAGCCUCGUGAACAAAUUCACGCUGCCAAUGAGGCCACUCUGCAACACCUCUUCGGUGUUGUCAAAUGGGAGUUAAGGUUUUGCCUUCUUGGAAAAAUGCAGGAUGGAAGACCUCACACUGCACAGGCCUUUGAGGUGCGACGCAAAUCCUUUCGGGCCUUUCAGACGUGCUUCGAUCGAAUAAUGCAGGAUUCGGUGAAAUUUGCCAAACGUAUUCCCGGCUUCUCCGACCUCCAGCCAGAGGAUCGCAUGGUUCUUGUUCAGUCGGGCUGUUUUGAGCUCGCUUGUGUAAUAUUCAGUUUUUACGUGGAUGAGGAGAGCCAGACGUUUUGUGGUCCAGGCAACUUUACCCUCUCACAGAGUCAGAUGUGGCUCACCUUUCCAAUGAGCAAGAAAUUUGUCAAUCUACUCUUUGAUUUCGCCUUUCAAAUGCAAUCACAUCGAUUGGAGCCGUUGAAACUCGGUCUUCUGUUAGCCGUUCUCCUAGUUACACCACAUCGUGAGGGCUUGACUAGUCGCGAGGAGGUGACGUGGCUUCGUGAUCUCAUUUGCCAAGCCUUCCGUUUCCAAUUGAUGGUCACUCACUCCGAUGGUGUAAAUCUCUUCAAUCACCUCGUCUCGAGCACUCGUGAGGAGCUUCAACGUCUAGCUGCUGAACAUCGACGCCAAUUGGAUGGCAUGCGUGCUGCCGGCUUCACGUUUCAGAAUGACCUGUAUAGUGAAACCUUUUCUCUCGUCUAG